AUGUAUUUCUCGUCUUUGAAAUAUGGAAAAACAUGGAGGGCAAGAGAACACGCACUUGAGGUGGUAAUGGACAAUCCUGAUCAAUCAUAUAGGAAGCUUCCGAUGUUCACGAAUGAGUUUAUGGAAAAGAAUCCUAGGUCUAAAACUGGCAUUGAAGUCGACACAAGUGGCCACUUUAGAUAUGCUUUCAUGGCUUUAAGGGCAUGCAUACAAGGAUGGACGAAUGUUGUGAAAUGUAUGUCGUCUGCAUUGUUUAAUCCCCUUACAACUUCUUUUGAAUUCUUAUUAGAUUUCGAAACAGGAACAUGGUUACCAUUAUCAUGGUGCCUGCAUUCAUUUUUUCGCCUCAGCUCCUCCAUCAGAUAG